CUCACCUGCGCGGCUUGGGCUAUGCGCAAGUCGCAACAGACCUACCUUCUCAAAGCCAUCCAACGUCCGCAUCUCAGGAGGAGGAGGGCGGCCGAGACAGCACAACAUGGCGACCACCAACGUAUCACAAUACGUCACCCUGGCGAAGACGCUGCCCCCCAAGCUCCAGCGAUUCUUUGCCCGCUACCCGCCGACCCAGAUCCUCAACCCCCUUCCGGACGGGUCAUUCCCCAGCACCGGCUACCAGCAAGACCGACGGAACCCCUUUCUGCCCAAGAAGUUCCACCCCACGGGCAGGGUCCACAACCCUGUGUACUCGCUCAGGAGACAGGCAGACCUAGUGAAGCUGGCGCGGGAGAACGGUGUCGAGGAGCUGCUGCCCUACACGCCUAAGAAGACCGAGGAGCAGCUGAAGCACCGUGUCAAGUAUGGACUGAGGGUCAAGGGAACGGGUGUGGACCAGAAGGUCAAGGGAAAGAUCCACGAGAGGCAGCUGGCAACCAAGAUGGAAAAGAGGAGAGAAGCCAUGCUCAAGAUGCCCGCGCUCAUCAGGGAAUGGAAAGCGGUCGGGAGGAAGAACUGGACCAAGUGGCCCAAAUAAGGGGCAGGGCCAUGAUGGGGCUGUCCUUGAUCAUGUACGAAUAUGUAACAAGACUACAAUUUCAUACAGUGGCCCUGUGCCGUCAGGAAUGCCAGCAAAAUUCAAUG